AUGAAUUCAAAACUUUAUAAAAAAUUAUUUAUGUUUUGUAUUUUGUUAUCAAAUGUAAGUUUGGUUUUUAUAAAUGAUAUGCAAGAUACAGACAGCUCAGAUUUGGAAGAAUAUAAUACCCACAGAGCAGUGAGAUUACUUUUUAUGAAUUGGUGUGACGAAAGAGUAAACAUAAAUGAUUAUGAUCAGACACCUCACUUUGGAUUUUUUGGACAUCGCGAUUCCUUCUUAGGACGUAUUGAAUUGCAAGCUAUUUUAAUCCUUCUUUUUAUCAUUCUAUUUUCCUUUCUUAAGAUUUUAAUAGGAAAAAUGACGUAUAAUUAA